AUGAGCCAAGAAGAAUGGCGGCUCCAGCAGCAUCAGCAGACUAUCUAUCAGACACUGAGAGCUCGAAUGAAGGUGGUUUUCACUCCUUUCCAACAAUUUACUCUUCUAUGGCUAAUGACUCCUCUGAUGAAUCUUUGGAGAUGGAUGCUUGAAAGUCCUCCCUCAGAGGACAUGAGGCAUGAUCCUCACUUUAUACUAGAAAUCUUUGUUCCUACUGUUCCUGAUGUUCCACCAACUCGUCACAUUUUGCCUAUCUCUGUGUUAAAUAGCAAUUGGUUUGAUUCUACAUGUACUGCAAAUGAGCUUAGUCUGUCUAGGGAAGGAAGUGUUCAAUCAUGUUGGAACAACAGGAGAUUUUGUAUGCACAUUUCCUCUUCUGAUGAAUGUAUUAGUCUCGAUAAGAUGUAUAGGAAUAGUCUUAAGAUCAAAUGUAAAAGGAUCAAGAAGUCAAGGAAGCAGAAAUUCUCCCAAGAUAUGUCAGAAUCAGUGUCAACAGGUGAUGAAUCUGCAAUGUAG